AGCGCACUUGACAUCUGUAACGAUCGCGGUUGCCGUUUAGUGUUAUAGUGUAAACGGAGUAUACACACACACACACACACACGCGUUAUAGGAUCUUGAUUUUCGUUUGACGGGACGGGGCCAUCAGUUGCACGGACCAGCGGGGGGCGAGACGGGCCACAUGUGCUGUAAGUCGUUAAAGGUAGCGGUUAUUCCUCAGGCUAAAUUUGCGUGUCCCCUAAAGAACUACGAAUAACGGCGAAUGGUUCGUGAAUUGUAAUGAAAAAUCUAGCGCUAGAUGGCGAAACGUGUCGAGACGCUCAACUCCCGUUCCCAUGGGUUCCCGAACGGUACAUUGCAGUCUAAUUGCUAAAUGAUUAAGUUGACCAACAGAUGGACAAUCAUUUAAAAAAUAAAACGGGGAUCAUUUUUAAACAAUUUUGUGUUUCCUUCCGAAAUGCGGAUGAGUAAGGAAAUUAAACAGUGGAAUUCCCGAACGUUGAACAGUUGCCCCGGUUGAUGGAUCAGCCGAAAACGGUAGGCGUACAGUAAGACGGAGCCAUAGAUCGCUCGGAGAUAAAUGUUGAUUCAAAAAAGCUGUGAUUAAUUCCUUUAUAAAUUACCAUUCAACCCUAAUCGAAGAGUUGAAAUGAAUCAACUCUCAAAGCUCAUGGUUGAACUUACUCGUGGUUAUACGUAUGUAAAAUUUAUUCGAACCGCUUUUAUUGUUCGCUUAUUGCAUUUCUAGGAAUCACCAAUGCUUGAGGUGACACCAUCGAGAGUUCCAAACAAUAGCCAACCAUUCCAAUCGUCCCAGACAUGCCCCACGCAAUCUAACGUUCCGGAACAACCCCUUUUUAAACCAAAUUUGCAUAACGCAAAAAAAUCUUGGACUAAUGUUGAGUGUUGAACGUGAACGGAGCGGCUUCGUUUCUCCAAAAACGAUGAAAAUCGCUGACCCACUCCGUCCUGUAUACACCUGAAACUUUUGUGAACUCCCGUGCGUUCACGCCUGCGUGAAACGGAUGUGUGUGUAGGGAACUGUGGGUUAAGCAAACAAUGCAGAGGCGGCCGAAAGAACAUUGCUCUUUAAAUAGCCACUUGAAUUACGGAGACGCACUGCGUUUAUGAUGAGACCGACUUGUUGUUUUAGCCGCGUGCAUAUACAACUUGCUAAUCAAAUAUCGCCACUUCAGAAAGACCCGCGGUACCGAGGAAGAACAUUUGUUUCUAAAAAAAAAGAUACGUUCGAUUGUGUAUUUAGAUUGAAACAUUGCGUAGGUCGAAUGGCGCUGAAAAGAAGGUGUCAAAGACCCGGAAAUGUCACCACCCAAUCAGGUUUAAACACGCGCGAGGUUUGUUAUCAGCUAUGCACACGAUUUAUCCCAUAGGGCAUCAGUUCAAUCCAAUUGGCAAACGUUCCGAAGAGGACAGAAAUAAAAUCUAUAAAAACCUCUGUAUGACGACGCAAAAAAAAAAUAAUAUCUAAGAAUCAAAAGAAUAAAAACGGGAAAGAAAAAGAAACGAUUUGUUAUAUCUUCAAACGAAAAACAAUAGGAUUCAAAAAUGUGCUGCAUCUUUAUACCAACACACAAGGCUGUAGAGGACCAAUCGGCAACACAUAAAAAGGGCAAAGAGGGACCGAUACGAGUAACAGAAAGCAUCAAAGCACCGGAGAAGACAGGUGUAGAUACAUCACUCAAUAUCAAAUUAUUUCAGUUCAAAAGACAAUAUGGCUUUUUAAUCAAAAAGAGCUCAUUUCAAUAAUGAAGAGCAUUUUGCAGUUGAUUAUCGUGCAGUUGUUCACGAUGUUGCUGGUCGAUGGACAGAGGACGUCCACCUACACCGAGUCGAGAACAAUCAGCACUACAAUUGAUUUCACUAGUAACUUGAUCUGCGUGAAACUGGUGAACGUAACAGGAAGAUGUCGCCAACAGCGAGGAUUUGCGAGUGAGCAGCCCCUCAUUCUGAUGAUGGAUGGGCCAUUCCAUCCGCUUUCGCAAUUCAUGCCCACACAAACAUUGCGCGUUGAAGCAACACCUUUGAUCGUGUCAUCUGAUUGGCCCAUCGAUUAUUCAUUCCAAACACCUACGAACCUCGAACCAUCAAUGCCUAGAACAUCAGCCAGAAGGAAACAGCUGGGCUAUUUCUCUAAAAUAGGCAACGCCUUUUUCAAUCCGGGGGCGUCCAUCAACGUCACCAUCACCAACGUUUUUACGCACAUUUUGCCUAGGACGACAGCCACAAGGACGACCAGUUUUUUCUUGAUGGGCUGCACUCCGAGUCCGUUUCCCUACACCAUUUGCCCAGCAUCAACCGAAAUGGACAGUGAAUUGUUGGAAGAUGACGAACGCAAGUUGUUCCACUUUCCAGUUCGAUGGAGCCAUAAAAAGAAGAAAGAGCCAAUCGUGUCUACUGUGACGAGGACGUCCAUCGCCACAGCUUUAAUUACCUCAUCAACCGUCGGACUUUGCGCCCAGCUGGUCAACGUCACGGGUCCUUGUCGAAUACACAGAGGCUUCCGGAUGGAAGAUCCGAUCGUCCUUUCAUUCGAUGACGAAAUGGAUUCAAUUGAUUCAAUCCUAUCGCCCAGUAAAACUUUCAGCAUCGAAGCGACCGCUGAACCCGUUCAAGGACCGGAGUCGGAGCAUUGGGUACACGCCCGUGGGCCUCGUUUAUUCGCGUCCGAUCCGACGAUCCGAUCGUCGGCAUCGGCGGAACAGUCGGACGAAGCCGACAGACAACGACUGGGUUUUCACAAUCUGCUCGGCUUGAAGUUGGCCUUGAAAAAGCGCAUCAAAUACAUCACGAUCGUCACGACGGUCUUCGUGACGAUCACCAGCACGUCGGUGGAUUACAUCACGGUCAGUACCAAGACGUUCUUCGUUCAAAUCUGCACGCCGUCGCCUUUCCCUUUUGAUGUUUGCGUCCGUUCUAGACGAUGAGCGCCAAUGUGUAAAAUUCUAUUAUUUAUUGGGUGACAUUUUCCGGCAGAUCCUGUAUGUAGAUAAAGGUCAAAACGUGUUUGAAAAUGCGACGUUAUACGAAUAAAAUAUUGCUAUUG